AGCUCCUCGAGAUGGAACGCGAACGCAUGGCCAUGCAGCGUGAGGCCCUCCGCUGCGUCAUGGCCGAGAAGGAACGUCGCCGCCAAGCAGCUCUUCAGCAAAAGAAGUCGCAACGCCGCGGCAGCUCCAAGAAGAGCCCCAAGAACAAGCUCGCCUCCAUGACUCCUAUCGCCGAGUGAGAGCUUCCCACGAUGAAGCUGCAAGCUCUUUACUAUCCGGCAUGUGGCAUUGCGCAACCAUCUAUUGUUCGGACGAGCAUACUUUAGCUCGCCGACACACCUCGUCUCGACAAACCCUAAUCCAUAAUAUCGGCAGCCUCUUCAGCAUGGCGCCGGCAAAGACCACACCAAAUCAGGAACGCCUUCGACCUGGAACAUCCAAUAUGCUCCGACGGUCUAAGGCUCUGGUCUUCAAACACAAACACGCCUCUCGCAACUCAACCACCGUGGCCUCGGCCUCGUGUGCGACGCGGCCUGCUUCCACAUCACAGGCUUGCAACCGAUCAUCCAAAUUCCGGCUUGCUCAUCACUUCACGGGGCGACUCGGAACGCCGUGUGGGGGAGCACAAGCAAAGCCGAUCGUGGGGCAGCCCGCAGCAGUGUGUCUCGGCCACACUCGCACACGCCCGGCGGUAUCGGCCACCCACCGAACAAGAGUCACCCGGCAAUGGCUGGUGUGGCAGGUGAGAGGACUUACAGGUCGGCUGCCUCGUUACGUUGCAAUCAAUACCUGGUCCUCGUGGACUCAUCAUUUGGGCACUGGCAUUUCACAUGCCUUGCAUCAACCCUGUUUACUGUUUUUCCUCUAUUGUCUUUUCAUGUUGAUACCCCCCCCCCCCCCCCUUUGCUGUGGCCCACCGAGGUGGCCCAGCUAUUAUUUGUCGCAUGGAGUUUGUUCUUUCAUGUCGAUCAACGGAUCGACUUUCGGAUUAUUGGGGGCAGCAUGGCAUCACAGCACAUUUUCACAGGACUUUGCAUCCGCAUUAUCGGGGACUUCAGCAUGGGAACAACAUUUUGCCCACACGAGGCUUCGCAUUAGUUAGUUAGUAUUUAGUACGAGAUACCCUUCGCCACGCGCGACAUCAACAUUUGAUUCUAUUCUACAUGACAAGAUAUCUGCAUCCACCUAUUCGCUUCCUGGUGAUUUGUAAACCGGAUGACUCAGGCAUGCAUCGCCUCCCUUUCACUAUAGGAUGCACUUGCUUCUGACAUUUGCAUUCGUGCAUCGAAGGUGUAAGGCAUUUGAAAUCAAGAAAAUGUCAGAGUCAUUCCAUGGUUCCGUUCCGGCAUGCAGAAUUACAAGUGUAGAGUCAUACUUUUACGAGCAGCAAACGCGCUGGUUUGGACUGUGUGUGGC